AAUUUGAACUGAAUGCUUUCCACGCUCUGCACUCGGCCUCUCUCGGUCUCAAGAUUUUUGAUAAGAUUUCCAGCAAACAUUUAGAUUUGGAAUCGAUAUCUCCAUACUUGCCAGAGAGUGUUUGGCGCUGGCUUCGUGCUCGUAUCAAGGCGCACUCGACUCACUCUAUCAAUCUGGGGCUGCAGAGCGAACAGCAGCAGUGGCCGGCCCCCCGACAACAGUCAGUUUCGAGAGACCCGGGCAACGGCAAGGUUCGGCCUUGUGCAGAGUUUUUGCAGAGAGCAUGGAAUCGCCAGCCAAAGGAACUGAUAAUGGAAACUACUCGGGCACCGUGCUCUUCAAUGUGCUGUCCAAGGAGAGGGCACUCAGAUGGAGACUCGCCUGGUACUAUGCCGUGGCCUUCCUGCUCCUCUGGGUGGCACUCUUCUAUGCGGUUGUGCUGCCGCUCUUUCAUCGCCUACCCGAUCGAGUAACCAUUGCACAGGAGUCGGACAUGCCCGGCGAAUUUGUGGCAGAGAGGGCGCAGAAUAUGCUCUACCAGUUCGAUCGCAUUGGACCCAAAGUGGUUGGCAGUGUGGCGAAUGAGGUGACUGCGGUUGCCUUUCUCGUUGAUGCAGUGCAAAAUAUUCGCAGAGACAUGCGCCACGAUCUCUACGAGCUGGAAGUGGAUGUGCAAGAGCCAGCAGGGGCCUUUACAAUUGGCACCAUGACCAGCAUGUAUCAGGGCAUUCACAAUGUGGUUGUCAAGCUCAGCUCGAAGAGCUCCCAGAGUGACUCCUACCUCCUGCUCAACAGUCACUUUGACUCGAAGCCCAGCAGUCCGGGUGCCGGCGAUGAUGGCACAAUGGUGGUGGUCAUGCUGGAGGUGCUGCGUCAAAUGGCCAUCUCGGAGACGCCCUUCGAGCAUCCGAUUGUCUUUCUGUUCAACGGCGCCGAGGAGAACCCGCUGCAGGGCUCGCACGGCUUCAUCACCCAACACAAGUGGGCAGCCAACUGCAAGGCCGUCAUCAACCUGGAAGUGGCUGGCAGUGGGGGACGGGAGCUGCUGUUUCAGAGCGGUCCCAACCAUCCCUGGUUAAUGCAGUACUAUAAAACGCACGCCAAGCAUCCGUUUGCCACCACCAUGGCCGAGGAGAUCUUUCAGUUUGGAAUGCUGCCCUCCGACACAGAUUUUCGCAUCUUUCGCGACUUUGGGCAGGUGCCUGGUCUGGAUAUGGCACAAAUAAACAACGGCUAUGUCUACCACACUGCCUUUGACGACUUUGCGGCGGUGCCAGGUCGUUCCGUGCAGAGCACAGGUGACAAUGUCCUGUCGCUGGUGCGUGCCUUUGCCAAUGCAAGCGAAAUGCACAACACGGAAGAACACAGCAAGGGACAUUCGGUAUUCUUUGACUUUUUGGGUCUCUUUUUUGUGUGCUACACGGAGACGACGGGCAUCAUUCUGAACUGCGUCGUUGCCGUGUUCAGUCUGGUGCUGGUGGGAGUCUCCUUGUGGAGAAUGGCUCGCGUCUCUGAGGUGACAGCUGGCCAGAUGUCCAUUUGGUUCGCCAUCAUUCUGGGUCUCCAUGUGGUGGGAUUCCUGCUCUGCCUGGGCUUGCCCCUCCUCAUGGCUGUGAUGUUCGAUGCUGGCGAUCGAUCGUUGACCUACUUCAGCAACAACUGGCUGGUGAUUGGCCUCUACAUCUGUCCGGCAGUCAUUGGUCUGGUGCUGCCACUGACCCUCUACUACACGCUCAAGCCAAAUGAACAAUUAAGUCACUCCUACCAUCUGCUGCUCAGUUUGCACGCUCACUGCGUUAUCCUGGCCAUCCUGUCCAUCGUGCUGACUGCCAUAGGCCUGCGUAUACCAUACUUGUGCAUGAUCUCGUUGGUUUUCUAUGCAGCUGCCUUGCUGAUUAAUCUGUUGAGUUGCUUGCAUGAUGGCGGCUACUACUGGGUGUUGACUGUGCAAACUCUGCAGCUAAUGCCGUUUGUGUACUUCUGCUACCUUUUCUACACAUUCCUCGUGGUCUUCUUUCCAAUGAUGGGCAGAAACCGAGACGCCAUCAAUCCCGACGUGCUCAUAGCCGUCAUCUGUGCUCUGGGAACAUUCUUUGCUUUGGGUUUUGUGUCUCCGCUGAUAAACAUGUUCCGCUGGUCCACUCUCGUGCUGCUCGGCCUGGGCGUUGUCACGUUCAUAUUCAGCAUGAUCGCUGUGUCGGAGGUGGGAUUUCCCUACCGCCCCAAGACAAGUGUGAUGCGUGUCAAUUUCCUGCACACUCGUCGCAUUUUCUAUGAAUACGAUGGCGCCGUGAGUGUGAAUGACUCUGGGUAUUACUUCGACUAUCAGGACAGGCGGGCGCUGCGUCCGCUCCACGAUUCAUCCGUUAAUUUGUCCGGACUAACAGCAGCAGAGUCCCACUGCGAUGAGUACGUGGUGUGCGGCAUGCCCUGCUUCUGGAGCAGCUGGUGCAGAGCUCUCUCCAGCGCUGCCUGGCUGCCGCGCGAAGCGGAAGUUGUGCCACCCGGCAGCCUGGAGCUGGAGCUCUCGGAUAAGUCCGUUGUGGGAGGGCGGGGAAGAACCCUGAGAUACACAUUCGCGCUGGCCGGACCGCCGCACAUGAGUCUGUUCAUACGACCGCUGGCAGGGGUCGUUAUCGAUGACUGGUCCUUCAUCAGAAACAUGCUGGACGAGCCGGAGAAGUACUCGGCGCCAUAUCAAAUCUACUUCUCGCACGGCACGGCGGGUGCGCCCAUAACAUUUCACAUUGACUUUGCGACAUCCGUCGCUGAUGCACCGAUCUUCGAGCUGGGCGUGGUGGGUCACUUUGUGAGCUCCGAUUACCCGCGGGACGCAGACAGCCGCAAGUUCGUGGCGCAGUUCCCAGAUUUUGUGCAUGUUAUGGAGUGGCCGGCGUUAUUUAAGCGAUAUAUAUACUGA